AUGGUGCCUGGCAUCACCGACGACGAUGCCCCACCCCCGCGGUCUAUAGAGGAGGUUGAGGGUCUGAUCAAUGCCCUGUACAGCCCCUCCACAACACCGGACAACGUUCACGCUAUAAACCGAGUGCUGCAGAAGCUCCAGCGUUCCCCAGAAGGAUGGCUCUUGGCAACCUCCCUCAGUAAUAGCUCCAAUGAACAUGUCCAGUUCUUCGCAGCUUCCACUUGGAUGGUCAAGCUUAACACCGACUGGCAGGGACUGUCGGAACAUGACGCGCUCGCACUGCUAGACACGCUAAUAACCUGGUUAAUACGGGUUGUCGACGUCGGAUUCAAGCCGUUUAUAUGGAGAAAGAUCUGUGUCACGCUCGUCAACUACUAUAUCCGAUUUCCUUCGUUAUGGACAUACUGUAUUCGACAUCUCAUUUGUCGGUUCGCUGGCGUUACAUCCGGGGUACAGCAAGAAGGACUUCAUAAUCUUCCACCCACGUCCACCCUACUAGCUACAUUCAGCAAUUUGUCAAAGACCGUCAUUGUGGGUUUCACUCGUACUUUGAUCGAGGAAGUUGGAAAGAUUGAGUCUCGGAAUAGUAAAGGUCAUAAAUAUUUCGAAGGAAUGAACUUGAAUACGCCGGAUGCAGCUAGCGUGGUAAUGACCGUUCUCAUGGAACCCGGUAGUCCGUUAAGCCAGCUUAGUGUGGAGCAAGUUACACUUGUCGAGGAAGCUCUAAGAUGCUAUCAGUCUUGGGCGACGUAUUCAACCCGCGAGGCCAGCGAGGCUCUACAGGUUUUCCAACCAAUCACAAGAAUCACAUUUGAAUGGCUGGAGAGCCCACAGAUAUACCGGAUCUCUGCUGAAACGGUAACAGAGAUGUUGACUAAUAGCUUCUACUUCUACACCGCCGAAGACAAUCAUGUCCUGGCUGAAAGGAUAUCUGGCACAUGGGGUCAAACGAAGUUUUCGCAAGUGGUACCGAAGGAGCAUGAUGAUUACGAUAGCGAAGAGACAGAUGCUUUCGCUCAUCUGCUGGUGGCAUUUGCAGAAUCAAAUCUCAAGGGAUUAGCUCUCUCGGUGGACUCGCACACCUCUACAACUAUCCUGGAAAUGCUUCAUGGCUUACUACGAUUGCCAGGGUACCCGAUUGCCGAUGAAGAAGUUUCCAAUCUCGAAUUCGAAUUCUGGUCAUCACUUACCGAACUUAUGACCGAUUACUACUCCAAAGAGGAUGAGCAGAAGCCACCAUGGUGGAAUAUUUGUCGUGGUCAUCUGCUUAGAGCUGUCCAAGAAUACUGGAUGAAGAUUAGGAUCCCUCCUCCAGAUGUCUUGGCAGAAUGGUAUAAGGACGACAAAGAUGGGUUUCAAUCAUACCGGAAGGACUUCGCAGAUCUGGUGGAGACGGCGUAUCCUGUUUUACAGGCUGAAUUAUUUGUGGAAUUGGUCCAGCAUGCAUUAAACCAGGUCAAUACGCCAACCCCCGACUGGCAGGAAGUAGAGAGCUGCCUUUUUUGCAUAAACGCACUGGCAGAUUGCCUUAACACAACAGAUCCACAGGAGUACGCAUAUCUAUCUGCAUUGUUCCAAUCCCCUCUCUUUUCUAUCCUUGCAAACCCGGAAAACUCUGAGCUCUCGCGGACAAAGCUGUCGGCCAUUAGCGUCAUUGGCAGCUACUCCGAAUAUUUUGAGAAACAUACCGAACUCCUCCCCGGUGCUCUCACAUUCCUAUUUUCUUCCCUCACUAUUCCUAAACUCAUCAACCAAGCCUCUAAAUCCAUUCUCUCUCUGUGUUCCUCAUGCAGAACUAAGCUCGUCUCCGAGCUUCCCGCCUUCAUCCAACACUAUCAAAUAUUUGCUUCUCGCCAUCCCAAUGAAAGCCUUGGCCGUGAACGGGUUCUUGGUGCCUUAGGCUGCCUAAUCCAAGCCCUUGACCGCGAAGAAGACAAAGUUGGUGCUCUCGACCCCCUCCUCACAUCAAUUUCUGGCGACCUUUUCGCAGCAAAACAACUUUUGUCUGCUAGAUACGAGGAAGAGGCGAAGGAGCGCGCUUUACUCGCACUCAGGUGCCUUGUUAGUCUUGGCAAGUCUCUUCAAGCACCCGACGACGGUCCCAUAGUUAUCGAUGAGAUUAGUGGCGCACAUAAACCACGGACUAUAUGGGACGACGGGCCUGGCCACCAGCUGCAGAUAUUCCUUGCCCAAACCGUCGAGGAUAUUUCAGGUACUUUUCCUAAGGACAGGGAAGUUACAAAGGAGGCAUGUGAUGUUUUUCGUUGUGGGUUCACAGAGACAUCUCCCGGGCUGCUGGUUUUCCCGCCUAGUCUGGUAGUUGGCUUUUUGUUGUCGUGCGGUGCGAGGUCGAUGUUCUACGAUAUUGUCAUCGGAACAGCAAGUGCUUUUGUCAACUGUAUCAGCCCGGAGGGAUAUGAUGAAUGCAGGAGAUUAACUGGAUAUGUGUUUGGGCUUAUCCAGAGUUUAGAAGGUCCCGAAACGGAUCCAGAGCUAGCGCAUAAUAUCCUUGAAUACGCUAAUAAGUUAUUAACAAAGCAUCUACACCUAUUCCUGGAAGUCCAAGAAUCAGUCCUGGGGCGAGUUUUGUCCCUUGCGCUCACAAGUCUCGUUUCUAAGGAACAGUUCCCCAAAAAGACAGCAUGCACGUUUUGGACAAAUCUUAUUACAACAGCUGGCGACAGUGAGGAGCAGAAGAUGAUGAUUGAGAUGAUUCUACAGCAGACCGGAGAACUACUGGCGAAGAAUCUCGUCAUGGCGAUCGGUGGUGGUGCGGCACGCAGUGAACUCGACAAUGUUACCGAACCCCUAAAAAAGAUGGUAUUCAAACAACUCCAUGCUCGUAAAUGGCUCGAGAAUAGUAUGUUCUCCAAUGGCGACGCCUUCCCCUCGCAGAAAAUUAGCGUGGAGGAUAAGUCUAUGUUCCUCAAGAAAUUAUUCACUUUGAGAGGCGGGAGAGGAACGAAUGCUCUAGUCAAAGAGUUCUGGCUGGCGUGUAGGGGGACCGAGUUUACUUAUGCGUCAUAG